AGGGCUGUCUGUCCUAAGGACAGUGAGGGUGGUUUGUCUGCCCCAGGGCAGCCAGGGGGGUCUGGCUGCGCGGAGGGGGUGGCAGCGGUGCGGCCCCCUCAGCCCUGCGCCCUCCGCGCCAGGCUCUGUGCAUGAGCCCGUCCCGUGAUGAGCUCCAAGGCCAAGAGGGUGCUGCCCACCCGGCCUGAGCCGCCCACCGUGGAGCAGAUCCUGGCGGACGUGAGGGGCACCCACCCGUCCGACCCCGUCUUCGUGCUCGCUGCGGAGCCGCGCCGAGGAGGCGGGCAUGACGGCAGCCCCUCGCCAGAUUCCGCCGGCCCUGCGAAGCACGAGGACGCUGAGGACGAAGGAGAGCGCCUGUAUCGGCAGAGCCGUUCCUACGUGGAGAUGAACCAGCGGCUGCAGGAGUCCUGCCGGCUGCUGAAGGAGAAAUGUGAGGAGCUGAGACGGGCGGGGGCGACUUUAGAGCAGAAUAUCUUGGAAAUGAAGCAAAAAGCUUUCUGAGACCCCUCGCCUCCCUUGAGCAGCUGGGAGCACAGACAGAGCCACCCAGCUGGGCUUGUACUUGAUUUGAAGAGCUAAAGCAGGUCCCCGGCACUUGGGACUCCUCUGCCCAGAUCCCGGAGGACUUCGGUGGGUGUCGGUCUGCGGUAAACGCCCUGAGGACUGUCCUAAGUCACUGAGAGCUGCUAGGGAGCCGGCCCCGUUUGCAUUCGAUUUCCUAGAACUGCCGCUGCUGCCGCUUCCCCGCGACCUGCGAGGCCCCGGCAGGCCACGCGAACGCGGCGUCGCUGGCGUCUCUCGCCUCGUCGCGCUGCAGGAGGCCACGGGGUGGUUUCUGAAGCUAAGGCACAGCCCGUGCCACGUUCGCAGCCGGACCUCUCCCGCAGGAGUGGCAGCGAUCGCGCUGCUCGUGCCAGAGAGGGAUCCUGGGAGCCGGCCCUUGCGUCCGGCGCGAGGAUGCAGUAGCGGGUUCCUCGCAGGCGGCGUGGCCCAGCACGGCUGCGGGAGCAGGAGGCUGCGCUCGGCGCUUGCGUUGGCCUCGUCUCCGCGAACUCGGUGCCCUUGCCCCCUCGGUAAGUGGUAUGACUGCGCCCUCGGGCCGCAAGUUCACCUAUGACUUCUCCAUCUGGUACUGCCCUGAGGAUGACAGCAUCGCCUCAGACAUCUCAAAGGUCUUGAUGAAAGAGGGGUUUCAGGGCUAUGCAGAGCAUCAGGACCAAGUGGCAGGGACGUCUGUCAUCUGGACAGCCACCCGGGUCAUUCAGGCCAGCAGAGUAGCCAUCAUCCUCUUGUCCACCAGGUCCCUGGGUGACCCUUGGUGCCAGCGCAUCUGUGAGUGGAUCCUGGAUCACAACAUUCAUGAAGAUGGGACCAAGGUCAUCCCU